AUGCUUAUCGAUGGCGAGAAGUGGGCUUGUGAAGCUUGCGUCCGAGGUCACCGUGUCAGCAGCUGUCACCAUAGUGACCGCCCCCUGACCCAUAUUAAUAAAAAAGGCCGCCCAGUCUCCCAAUGCCCUCACUGUCGCGGCCUACGCAAGUCACGGACAACCCACACAAAGUGCGAGUGUGGUGACAAGAAGAAGAAUAGCCACAAGAAUGAUCUAGAUCCCAACGCUGCUGAUAAGCGGGAUCUGAAGCAGGACUCCCGUCCGAGAUGUGGCUGCACUCAUGGACAGCGCUGUACCUGUGCGCUGAAGAAGGAACCCCAUCUGGAUCCCGUACCGGAAACUGGCCUCCCCCCGCCCCCGACUGCCCUCCUGUCCGAUCAAGCCAAAAAACCCCAGCUGACGUCGACAACGUCGGAAGGCGCACUGACCAUUUUCCGGGACGGCCACCACAAACCCGCUCACAAACACAAUGACAUGGCUCACAAGUGUGGUCUGCCCUACACGAUCCCUCGAUCUCAUACCGUCCAUGGUACGUCUGACGUGGCCCGCCGGUCGAUGGAUCAUCUCCCUUACAUGGGCGAAUCGCUGGCAAACCAACCACUUCCCGAACCGCCACGUACCUUUGGGCUUCACCGUCGUGUCAAGUCCGAACAUGGGUCUCCGGAGAAUGUUCCCGUUGCUCCUGCGGGAGAUGUUCCAACCUCUGUCCCCCCACUCGACCUCUCGCCCCUGUUCUCUCAAUCCCAGCCGAUGGAGGAGCCGACCGGCGCUGGCGUUCCCGAACCGAUUUCCCUGUCCAUGGGAAAGACAGCGCUUGCGCAGAUUGUAACCAGCGUCCCCCCUCUCGAUGUCUCCUCAUUUUCUUCCUUUGCUACAAUGAACACGUCGCCUGUCCAUGGCAUGCCGUACCCAGAUACGUACAACGAGUCUUACUUCACGUCCCCGGAUAAUGAUAUGCCUCUGGGCUCCGCCGGUUUCAGCGCUCCCCCUGUGGAUUGGUCAAGCUUUCCUCUUUACUCGGACCUCGCUCCUACCAGCACACAACCUCCUUCUUAUGCAAGCUUUGACUACAACUCCAUGGGGCCUGGAUUCCCAGCGCCGUCGUCGUCGGGGGACAUCUCGGAAGUGGAAGACUUCGCACCUCUCCCCAAUAUGGGAACCACGGGCAACGAUCUGCACGACAUGCAUAGUGUGAGCGAGGGAUCCGAUAUCGACCAUUACCGGGUCAGCUCGGCGUCCUCGUUUAUCGGGCUUCCUCAAGCGCAGCUACUAUCCUCGAACAAUCUGGAGUCCAUCAACAUUGACGAUUUCCUUAAAUCUGCUAAUGAAUCUACGGCCGUUCUCGAGCAUCAGUUGCAGGUUAGCAUGGGGAUGGAGUCCAAACCUCUGCCAUCCCAAGAUGCCUAUGCCAUGCCUGAUCCGCAAGUCUUCAAAGCCAUGACCAGCCCCAGCACGAGCCUGUCAAUAACCACGUCUGCGACGGAUCCCAUUUGGCCUACGACGCUGUUUGAUCCCAACACCGCGCCAUUGGACGAUACCAACACCUUCUUCGCACCUCCAUGGGUACAAUAG